UCGCAACAAUGGCUAUUUUCAACUAAUCAUAAAGAUAUUGGAACUUUAUAUUUUAUUUUUGGAGCAUGAGCUGGAAUAGUAGGAACAUCCUUAAGAAUUUUAAUUCGAGCUGAAUUAGGACAUCCAGGAGCAUUAAUUGGAGAUGAUCAAAUUUAUAAUGUAAUUGUUACUGCCCAUGCUUUUGUAAUAAUUUUUUUCAUAGUUAUACCUAUUAUAAUUGGAGGAUUUGGUAAUUGAUUAGUACCUUUAAUACUUGGAGCACCAGAUAUAGCAUUUCCUCGAAUAAAUAAUAUAAGUUUUUGAUUAUUACCUCCUUCCCUUACAUUAUUAUUAGUAAGUAGUAUAGUAGAAAAUGGAGCUGGAACAGGUUGAACAGUUUACCCUCCUCUUUCUUCUGUGAUUGCUCAUGGAGGUGCUUCUGUUGACUUAGCAAUUUUUUCUCUUCAUUUAGCUGGAAUUUCUUCUAUUUUAGGGGCUGUAAAUUUUAUCACAACAGUAAUUAAUAUACGAUCUACCGGAAUUUCAUUCGACCGAAUACCUUUAUUUGUUUGAGCAGUAGUUCUUACUGCACUACUUCUAUUAUUAUCUUUACCAGUUUUAGCAGGAGCUAUUACUAUAUUAUUAACAGAUCGAAAUUUAAAUACUUCAUUCUUUGACCCAGCUGGAGGAGGAGACCCUAUUUUAUACCAACAUUUAUUUUGAUUUUUUGGACAUCCUGAAGUUUACAUUUUAAUUUUACCAGGAUUUGGAAUAAUUUCACAUAUUAUUAGACAAGAAUCAGGAAAAAAGGAAACUUUCGGUUCAUUAGGAAUAAUUUAUGCUAUACUAGCUAUUGGAUUAUUAGGAUUUAUUGUUUGAGCACACCAUAUAUUUACAGUUGGUAUAGACGUUGACACACGAGCUUACUUUACAUCAGCAACUAUAAUUAUUGCGGUACCAACAGGAAUUAAAAUUUUUAGUUGACUUGCUACACUUCAUGGUACACAAUUAAAUUAUUCCCCAGCUAUACUAUGAGCUCUUGGAUUUGUAUUUUUAUUUACAGUUGGAGGUUUAACGGGAGUUGUUCUUGCUAAUUCUUCUGUUGAUAUUAUUCUUCACGAUACUUAUUAUGUUGUUGCUCAUUUUCACUAUGUUUUAUCAAUAGGAGCAGUAUUUGCUAUCAUAGCAGGAUUUGUUCAUUGAUAUCCUUUAUUUACUGGAUUAAAUUUAAAUCCUAAAUGAUUAAAAAGUCAAUUUAUUAUUAUAUUUAUCGGAGUAAAUUUAACAUUCUUUCCUCAACAUUUUUUAGGAUUAGCCGGAAUACCUCGGCGAUAUUCAGACUAUCCAGAUGCUUACACAACUUGAAACGUAAUUUCAACAAUUGGCUCUUCAAUUUCUUUACUAGGAAUUUUAUUUUUUUUGUUUAUUAUUUGAGAAAGCCUUGUUUCUCAACGUCAAGUAAUUUAUCCAAUACAUUUAAAUUCUUCAAUUGAAUGACUUCAAAAUACUCCACCAGCUGAACAUAGUUAUUCUGAAUUACCACUUUUAACUAAUUAA